AUACCUAGUCCACCGACCAAGAUUCUCGCGUUCGAUGAUGUCUUUCAAGAUGGUAAACCCAACAUAGAUAUCUUGAAAGCGCACUUUAUGCUAGAGGGUAGAAUUGAAGAAGCAGCGGCGUUAAAGAUUAUAAAAGAUGGAGCUAUAAUAAUGCGUGGAGAAAGUACAAUGUUAGAGAUCGAAGCUCCUGUGACUGUUUGCGGCGAUAUUCAUGGUCAAUUCUAUGACCUAAUGAAGUUAUUCGAGGUUGGUGGUUCACCGGGUACUACCAAAUAUCUAUUUCUUGGCGAUUAUGUCGAUAGAGGUUACUUUUCUAUUGAGUGUGUAGUAUAUCUUUGGGCUUUGAAAACCUUGUAUCCGAAAAUGAUGUUCAUGCUUCGUGGCAACCAUGAAUGUCGGCACUUGACUGAGUAUUUCACCUUCAAGCAAGAAUGUAAAAUAAAAUACUCUGAAAAUGUUUAUGAAGCGUGCAUGGACGCAUUUGACUGUCUACCACUUGCAGCCUUAAUGAAUCAACAGUUCUUAUGUGUACAUGGUGGUCUAUCUCCUGAAAUCCAUAACUUAGAAGAUAUAAAAAAGUUGGAUCGCUUUAGAGAACCUCCUGCUUUUGGUCCAAUGUGUGAUUUGCUAUGGUCCGAUCCCCUGGAAGAAUACGGCAACGAAAAAACAACCGAGCAUUUCAGCCACAAUAGCGUUAGAGGCUGCUCUUACUUUUUCAGUUAUCAUGCAAUUUGCGAAUUCUUACAACAAAAUAAUCUGCUGUCUAUUAUUCGCGCUCAUGAAGCUCAAGACGCUGGUUAUCGAAUGUACAGGAAAAGCUUGACAACCGGUUUUCCCUCCCUUAUUACUAUAUUUUCUGCUCCAAAUUAUUUGGAUGUUUAUAAUAACAAAGCUGCUGUUCUAAAAUACGAAAAUAAUGUCAUGAACAUUCGUCAGUUUAAUUGUUCUCCUCAUCCUUACUGGUUACCAAAUUUUAUGGAUGUUUUUACAUGGUCACUACCAUUUGUCGGAGAAAAGGUUACUGAAAUGUUGGUAAAUGUUUUGAAUAUCUGCACUGAGGACGAACUCGCAAACGAUGAAGAGGCAGCAGCGGCGGCGGCGGCUGCUAAUCUAAAUGUGCAGCAAAGACGUGAAGUUAUCAAGAAUAAGAUUAGAGCAAUUGGAAAGAUGGCUCGUGUGUUUACUGUGUUACGGGAAGAAAGUGAAACCGUGUUACAACUCAAAGGCCUUACACCUUCUGGAACGUUACCUGCUGGCACUUUAUCUGGAGGCAAAAGUUCCCUUCUUGACGCUAUCAGUGGUCAUGAUCCACAUCAUGCUAUUAGUAGUUUUAGUGAAGCUAAAGAUCUCGAUCGAUUUAAUGAAAGAAUGCCACCUAGAAAAGAUCGCGUGGAACCAUCUAAUACUGGUGCUGAAGCUUAG